GCCGUGCGCCUGCGCACUGGGCAGACAGCUGAUAACUCAUCUAUUAUGCUACUUGGCUAAACCCGAGCGGAGAGAGAAGCCGCCGCAGCCGCCGCGGGACGCACCGGAGGAGCCGAACCCGAAGUGUGAGAUGGGAGUUUGUCUCCUCGAGGGAAACACUGAGCUACAGCACCGGCCCAACCUGAACUGACCACACCAACACACACCUGAACUGACCACACCAACACACACCUGAACUGACCACACCAACACACACCUGUGUGCCCACACACGCCUCACACCACAGGGGGAGUGGUUUUCUCAUCUUCAGGUCAGACACUGCUGUCCCACGGUGCAUUGUUACGUCACCAUCGUCCACCAUGUCGGACGCCCCCGAGGCUGCGCCACCCAGCCCCCCCACCCUCACCAACCCAACAGCCCCUGAGGUCACGAAUCCCACUAAACCUGGCAGAAAAACCAACCAGCUGCAGUACAUGCAGAACGUGGUGGUGAAGACUCUGUGGAAGCAUCAGUUCGCUUGGCCCUUCUACACACCGGUCGACGCCAUCAAGCUCUGCCUGGCGGACUACCACAAGGUGAUCAAGAACCCGAUGGACAUGGGAACCAUCAAGAAACGUCUGGAGAACAAUUACUACUGGAGCGCCAGUGAGGCCAUGCAGGACUUCAACACCAUGUUCACCAACUGUUACAUCUACAACAAGCCCACAGAUGACAUCGUGCUCAUGGCCCAGGCCCUGGAGAAGAUCUUCCUGCAGAAGGUGGCUCAGAUGCCUCAGGAGGAAGUGGCUCUGCUGCCCCCGGCUCCCAAAGCCAAGAACAAGAGCAAGCAGCCCGCCAGCGCCACCGCAGUGAGUCCGCAGGCGGAGUCUUCAGCCUCCCCUCCCCCCUCCUACCCCUCCCCCUCCCCUUCUCAGACACCUGUCAUAUCUACCACGCCCACACCUGUCCAGGCCACGCCCCCUGUUUCGGCACCGCAGCCCCCGGCAACCAUGAUGCCGUCUGCGCAGCCUGUUGUCAAGAAGAAAGGUGUGAAGAGGAAAGCCGACACCACCACUCCCACCACGUCGGCCAUCUCUGCUGGUCGAGCCGAUUCUCCAUCUGCUCAGGACAACAAACCAGCAAAACUGGGCUCGUCCCGCCGUGAGGCCGCCGCCCGCCCUGCUAAGACCCGCCGAGAGACGGUUGAGGAGGUGGCAGGGGGUGAGAUGGGAGGAGGAGGAGGAGGCGGAGGAGGAGGAGUUGGGGUGAAGAAGGUCGGUAAGGUGGGCGAGCAGAUGAAACACUGCGACGCCAUCCUGAAGGAGAUGCUCUCGAAGAAACACGCCGCCUACGCCUGGCCCUUCUACAAGCCCGUGGACGCAGAGGCCCUGGAGCUGCACGACUACCAUGACAUCAUCAAACACCCCAUGGACCUCAGCUCCGCCCGGAAAAAGAUGGAUAAAGGCGAGUACACUGACCCUCAGAGCUUUGCCACUGACGUCAGGUUAAUGUUCUCCAACUGUUACAAGUACAACCCUCCAGACCAUGAGGUCGUGGCCAUGGCCCGAAAGCUGCAGGAUGUGUUUGAGAUGCGUUUCGCUAAGAUCCCGGACGAGGGCCUGGAGGUGUCCGUCCCCUCCACCACACCACUGGUCAGUAAAAGCACCGCCUCCUCUGACAGCAGCAACAACUCCUCCUCAGACGAAUCUUCCGACUCCGAGGAGGAGCGAGCCACGCGAUUGGCUGAGCUACAGGAGCAGGUUGGUGCUGCUGAGCAAUCACAGUUGAAGGCGGUGCACGAGCAGCUGGCCGUCUUGUCCCAGGCUCCGGUCAGCAAGCCAAAGAAGAAGAAAGAGAAGAAAGACAAGGAGAAGAAGAAAGACAAAGGGAACAAGGGGAAGAUGGAGGAAGAGAAGAAGCCAAAGGCUGCUGCUCAACAGCCCAAACCAGCCAAUCAGAAGAAGGCCCCGGCCAGGAAAGCCAACAGCACGGUGACCGCAACCAGGCAACCUAAGAAAGGCAGCAAGACGUCGGGCUCGGCCAACGGAGACGACGGCGAGGAGUCGUCUCUACCGAUGUCCUACGACGAGAAGCGCCAGUUGAGUCUGGACAUCAACCGGCUGCCGGGCGAGAAGCUGGGGCGAGUGGUUCACAUCAUCCAGUCCAGAGAGCCGUCGCUGAGGGACUCGAACCCCGACGAGAUCGAGAUCGACUUCGAGACGCUCAAACCCUCCACGCUGAGAGAGCUGGAGCGCUACGUCAAGUCCUGUCUGCAGAAGAAGCAGAGGAAGCUGCUGCAGAAGGCAGCAGGCGGCGGGGCUUCAGGAGGCGGGGCUAGUCGUUUGAGUGGCAGCUCUUCUUCCUCCUCUGAUGACAGCUCCUCAACGGGAACCUCCUCUUCCUCCGACACAGACUGAACACACACACGCAACACACACACAUGUUACUGAACACAGAGUUUAUACACACACUCAAUCACAGGAACGACAGUUAACACAUGAACACACAUCCAUGUAAACUUCCACCAUGAACACACACAAGACAGAUCCAAACUCUGAACUUCUUACAACACACACGCCCAGACUUGGAGACUGUAUGUAAAUAAGCAAACCUGUUUUUUAGCUCCUAGUGUUUUGUUUUUUUUCCUUCCUGGAGUAAUGCAGAGACCGAAGAAGAAAGAACUUGUCAGGGAGGAGGAGGAGGAGGAGGAGGAGGAGGAGGAAGAGGAAGAGGAGGAGGAGGUCUGUCUUGUACUCAUCUUCUCUCAACUCGUCUCGCUGCUGUGGAGAGAAAUAAAAACAUCCACAUUUCUUCUUCCACGGUUUGGACGUCAGUUACGACCCCUGACCUCUGACCUCUGAGCACAUUCCGGAAGCAUCUGUCAUCAGGAGGACGAGGAGGUCUCAGUGGGUUCACAUCAGUGGGAGUGAAGCUGUAGUCGAGCAAUAAGUGAAACGGUUUUCAGAGAGGAGGCGUGUCUGAGAUGAAGCUCGGAGCAUCAUGGGAGAUUUAACCAAAACCCGGACAGGAAGAAGCGUCUCUUCUUCUGGUGCGUUCACACCAGACUACGUACAAAGUCGAUGCAGAGAAGUUUGCAGUUGUAGUUUCUGUCGAUCUUCCCCCGGAGGUUCCACAUGUAGACGCAGCAGCUGGAUCCCGUCUGCCAGGCGCCCUCUUCUGGAGGGGAGCCGUGAAUAUUCCCCGUUUGUGUUUAUUCACGUGAUUUAACCUCGAUCGACUCAAAUCCCACGACACGUCCGGUGUGCACGCACCAGUAGAGUCCAGUUCUGAACCAUUGGCUUAAAAAAGAACCCAACAAAGGUGUGGAGAGUCGUGAAAGUUGUUGAUGGGAAACUUUAUUUGAACGUCUCCUGUGAACAGACGCUGUUUGACACGUCCUCUUGUAAACAGGAUGUUACACUUACGUCAUAUCAGCUGUUUGACACGCAGAGUUCAGGAGCUGCAGUUACAGGCGGGGGGGUUUUGAGGUCAGAGGUCAACCAGUUUUUAAUGUGACAUUAGUUUAAACUGGUUGGUGAAUGACGGAUGAUUAUUGAUAAGUGGUAAAGUUCAUCUUUGACUGACGUCUGCAACAAUGUUCACGUGUUUUUGAUUUCAGUUGAUUGACAGUCUGAGAAUCAGCUGAUCAAUCACAUCCACUUCCUUUAUGACUGAAAAUCAAACAGCUGAUGAUCAGAUAUUGAUCAGCUGUUGAUAAACUGAGCUCAUAUCCAGGUUUUGUACUGUGUCCGAUUAAGACCCUCUGAGACCACCGCUGCCCCCUGCUGGUCCGGAAUCAAACACAGCCCGUUGUUUGACUGGGGUCAACGCUGGGGGCGGGGUCAACGCUGGGGGCGUGGUCAACGCUGGGGGCGUGGUCGUUGGACCCAGACAGCGAGACAGACAUGUUUCUUUUUAACACUACAUCUUUAUUUCCUAUUAUUUGUUUAUUGUUUUUCAGGUUGUGCUGAAACCGUUUGUCUUUAUAAGAUUCGCGAUAUAAAAUGUCUUUGUACGACGUCCCCCCCCCCCCCCCCCCCCCCCCCGGAGGUUAAAAGUCAGAGCUGGAACACCUGAGAAAAUAAAAGUUCAGAUCAACCUAAAAUACCCAAAUUUCGCAUUUUUAAUCAUUUUAACUCUAAAAUGUCCAAAAUAAAGAAAUCGUCAGGAUGAAGACAAAACUCUCAGCAGAAGAAAGUUCAGUGAAUAUUUGAGAUAUUUUAGUAAAGUCACGUUGAUUGGCUCCUUUCGUUUUUUUUAUAUAAAACUCAUUUGUUUACAUUUCUUCUGUUGGUUGACUGCGCCUCCACCUGGACGCACUGAGUCACUGCACGUUGAACUUUUAAAAGGAAUUGUAAUUUACAUAUUUUAAACAGUUUAAUUUCAUGUGUUGGUAUGACAUCACAGUUGUGCCCUCUCCUGAUUGGUGGGGCAGUUUGCUGAUUCCUUCAGGAGCAGCUUACAUUGUGUGAUGUUCAUAUUUUCUGCGUGUAGCACAAUUCAUCUUGUUUCUGUUUUGAUCUGAGUUUCUGAUUAAAUCACGUGACCUCACUCCACGUUGUCGGUUUCACCUCUGACUCGCCUGCCGGGGGGGGGGGGGGGGACAGCACUGUUUCUGUUAGCUCUCAGCUGACAGGGUCAUGUGACCUUCAGAAAUGCUUCUAUCGUCAACUUUCAGUUUGUUUCUGUUAUGAAUGAUGCCAUCAAUUGCAGUCUGUCUGUUCAGUAGUGAUUGUGGAGUUGUGGUAUCGAGGCCCCGCCCACACACACUCAACCAUCCUGAGUCAGUCUCAGCUGUCAAUCAUGACGUCCAAGCCUGUUUUUAUAUCAUCAAAAGUUCUUAAAACCAAACGGAUCAGAAACUUGAACAAACAUCAGAGAGAAGAACGACCUGAAAUCAGACAUUUAUUUAACUUCAGUUUGGUCCAUGUCCCAUCUGCUAACAUGGAGGCUUAUGAUCCAUACGCAGCUCCUCUGUGUGGCGCUGCUCGGCUGUUAUGACGAUAGUUUGCUAGGGGAAAUGAUUACUACGUUUCAGACGAGUCAAAACUAAACGUCAACACUAAUCGUUAGUUUUCCUUCCCAUCGUUUCAAGAAACAAAGUUUUAUUUUGGACAUUUUACAGACGAAUCACGAUGAAGCUUAACGACGGAUCAAAGACGCAGUGACAGACGGACAGCUCGUUGCCGCAGUAACCUCCUCUGGUUUAUUUAGUUGAUGGUCGAGCUUCGGUUGUUAUAGUUAAUUUUUGUAUUUUAAUAAGAAAAAGGAAAAAAGUGAUUUUAUGUAUUUGCAUGCACUCCGGCCGUACGUUCCUUCUUCCGUAUGUUUGAGCACUGUAUAGUAGCUGUAUAGGUCCUGUCCGACGUUUAGAUCGCCCAGAGAGAGAGAGGACGAAAAACAACACGUGAAUAAUUUGAUGUAAUUACUGAUAUGAUCCUUAUUUUCUGAGUUCAUUUGUUUUCAUAAAUAAACGUAUAAACUGA